CCUUGUUCAUAGUGUGAAAGGUUUGUGUUUGGAGUGUGUGGCGACUGCUUGAGAGAGUGUAUGGUGUUUGUGUGAGUGUUCGAGUGAAUGUGUUUCUGUAAAAAAAAAAAUCUACACAGUGAUCUUAUUUGAUCCGGUCAGAGUUCGGCUCUGCUCCGAUCGGAGAUGAUAGGAAAAACGCUCGCGAGCCUCCGAGGCGAUGAAGCGAGACGUGAAAGCUCCAGGGCCUUCCACUGCUUCGUGCUGUGGUGAGAGGUGAUGAUUUGAUCAGAUAUACUAGUUCUGGGCCGAGUCCGAGGUUCUCCUCGGGCUUCGCACGGGACAAUGAGUAUAGAGGCGAUUCUGAUCUGACCACAACCGACGAGCAGCGAGGAGCCCGGGGAACCGGUUCAAACCCCGCGACCGUCUCGUGCACCCGCGUUUCAAGAGACCGUUUCAAGAAGAUGCCGCCGCCAUGAUGUGGGAAGUCCAGACUGUUACCUUUUCUGAGCUGGAAAAUAGCUAUUUUGUUUAGGCCUUUGGAGAACUAGUAGAACCAAAUGAACAGACGUGCUUCCAAAUGACUAUUCUCCAUUUCUAUAUUAGUGAAAUAGUUAUAGAAGUAAAAAUGACAGGCUACAUUUGAGGCUACACAUUCGUUGUGCUCCGUGAGUUUUGUGUCGUUCACUCAUCUUCCUCAUUAGGUCGUUUUCAGUGAAAGAGGCUGAAAACAAAAUGGAGUCGCAUCUAGCAACUUCAGAGCCACAACGUCCCUCGAGAGUUGGCCAUGGCGGAGCCUCGCAAGCGACAGCGACUCAGUCAAGUGAAUAGCAGCUCGCAAACGUCCACCAGCUCCGUCAGCAGUGUCGCGGGCGGUCAGCGCGACGGAGCCGGAGAAGAGAGCCGUUUUGUUGAGGGGUCCAUACUUCGCCUCAGCAUGAAAAACUUCCUGACCUACGACUACUCUGUGGUCUAUCCUGGACCCAAUCUAAACAUGAUUGUUGGAGCCAACGGAACCGGCAAGUCCAGCAUUGUUUGUGCCAUCUGUCUGGGUCUGGCUGGCAAAACCGCCAUCCUGGGCAGAGGCGACAAGGUUGGGCUUUAUGUCAAACGUGGAUGCCAUAAAGGAUUUAUUGAGAUUGAACUGUACAAGAGGGGUGGCAAUGUAGUGAUAAACAGAGAGAUCCACGUGGAGAACAAUCAGUCGCUGUGGAUGCUGAACGGAAGACACUGUAACCAGAAAACAGUGGAAGAGGAGGUUAAAGCUCUGCACAUCCAAGUUAGCAACCUCUGCCAGUUUCUGCCUCAGGAAAAAGUAGGAGAAUUUGCCAAGAUGUCUAAAAUCGAGUUGCUAGAAGCAACUGAGAAGUCAGUGGGACCACCGCAGAUGUACCAGUACCACUGUGAGCUCAAAAACUUCCGGAACAAGGAACGGGAACUGGAGAAUGCUGUGAAAGAAAAGGCCAGUUUCCUAGAGAAGGCCAAGCAGAGGAAUGAGAGGAACAAACACGACGUGAACCGGUACUAUGAAAAGAAGAGGCACCUGGACGUGAUCGAAUUGCUUGACAAGAAGAAACCGUGGGUGGAGUAUGAGACCAUCCGUAAAGAGCUUGAGGAUUUGAAGAGGGAGCGAGAUGAAGCCAAAAAGCAGCUCUCUGCCCUGAGGCAGGCCCAGUCGCCCAUGCUGAAGAAGAUCCAGCAGAUUGACAACCAUUUGAAGCCCACCGAUGCACAAAUCAAGGCUAAGACUGUUGCCAUCAAAGAAGCCUCAAACAAGUGCAAACAGAAACAAGAUCAGUUGGAUCGAAAACACAAAGAGAUUGAGGAUAUCAAACAAAAACUGAAACUGAAGCAAACAGAGGAGGAAGACCACCAGAAGCGGAUUGGCAACACCAGACGAGCGAUUGACGACUUGAAGGCGGAGCUCGCCAAAGUUGGCGAUCAACCGGAUGUGACACCUCAGAUCAAUGCCAUCAAUGUGGAGCUGAGACAGAUCCAGGAGGACAGAGCCAAGAUCGAAGGAGAGAAGGGCGACCUUCGACGGGAGAAGGACAACCUCUGUGCCGAGGCCAGGAUGUUGGAGAGAAAGCUCAAUGACAUGAACAACAUGAUGAACGUCAAAGAGGAAAAGCUGCGAGCGCGCCACAGAGACACGCAUGCUGCUCUUCAGUGGCUCCGACAGAACAGAAAAAUGUUUGAUGGGAACGUCUUUGAGCCCAUGAUGCUGGUGAUCAACGUGAAAGAUCAUCGAUUUGCCAAGUAUGUGGAAAAUCACAUCCCAUUCCAGGACCUGCGGGCGUUUGUCUUCCAGAGGAAAGACGACAUGGAGAAGUUCAUGACUGAGGUCCGUGACAGAAUGAACUUGAAGGUGAAUUCUAUUUCUGCUCCCGAGGAAUCGUAUUCCAAGCGGCGGCCAUCCCGAAAUAUUGAGUCCCUCAGCCGUUUCGGUUUCUUCACCUACCUCCGUGAGAUGUUCGAUGCUCCUGAAGAGGUGAUGAGUUACCUCUGUCUACAGUACAAAGUGCACGACAUCCCUGUGGGCAACGAGCAAACCAAAAGCAUGAUUAAAACGGUGAUCGAGGAGCCCUACCUCAGGGUUUUAUACACAUCAGAGGAGAAGUACAUAGUGAAGAGGUCUCACUACUCCAACAAGAUAAGCACGAGUAACUCUGCCCUGCAACGUUCCCAGUACCUCACCAUCACUGUGGACGCUGAACAGAAACGGCAGCUGGAGCAGCAGAUGAGGGCAUGUGAGCAGAAGUUACGAGACAUCGAUGAACGGCUGAAAGUGCUGCAGAAGGAAGCCGUCACCCUGGAGCGCCGUGACAACGAACUGUUGGCAGAGAAGAAGCGUCUGUCUGAACUAAAGGGCAAAAAGAGACAACUGGAGCAGAAAAUCAGUACCAAACAAGACAGUCUCAGGCAGAUGGAGCAGAGUGCCAUUGACCUGAACAAGAUCGAAGAGGAGACGAAAGAGAAAAUUGCAGCUGUCUACUCCCAGAAAGUAUCCAUAGUCGUGGCGUUCAUGGCCCAAAUGAAGCUGAGAGCCAAGCUGACGAUGGAGAAGGUGUACCUGUCUUUGGAAACGGUGGGGCUGUUGGCGGAGAAGACCAAGCUGGAGAACGACUGUAGAGAAGGCGCCUCUGAACUUAAGACCACUGAGCAAAAAUGCAACCGCCUGGAGCAGAGGAAGGUCCAGCUGACCGAACAGUGCAAAGGCCUGUUGAGGAGAGCGAAGUCGACCUGUAGGAUGCAGCCUGACGAGUCAUUACCUGAAGAUCUGCGUAAUGCUUUCAGCGAGCUGCCCAACACACUUGAUGAGAUUGAUGCCAUGCUGAACGAGGAGCGGUCCAGGGCCGAGUGCUUCACUGGCCUCAGUGAAAAUGUCGUUGACGAGUACAACAAGAGAGAGCAGGAGAUCAAACAUCUGGAGACGGAACUUGAAGAGAAGACCAACGCUCUGAGCACCUACCGACAGAACAUAUCGGAGGCGAAGGAACGCUGGCUGAACCCCCUGAAGCAGCUCGUUGAACAGAUUAACGACAAGUUCAGCGACUUCUUUCGCUCCAUGCAGUGUGCAGGAGAGGUAGAUCUGCACACAGAGAAUGAGGAGGAGUAUGACAAAUAUGGGAUCCGUAUUCGGGUUAAGUUUCACAGCAGCACUCAGCUUCACGAGCUGACGGCCUACCAUCAGAGCGGAGGAGAGCGGAGCGUCUCCACCAUGCUCUACCUCAUGGCCCUGCAGGAGCUCAACCGCUGCCCCUUCAGAGUGGUGGAUGAGAUCAACCAGGGAAUGGAUCCUGUAAACGAGAGGAGAGUGUUUGACAUCGUCGUCCGUACGGCCUGCAAAGAGACAACAUCCCAGUACUUCUUCAUCACGCCCAAACUGCUGCAGAAUCUUCAGUACGCCGAGGAGAUGACCAUCCUGUGUGUCCAUAACGGAGCCCACAUGCUUCCCCCGAACCAAUGGGACGAGAAGACGUUCAUCAAACGGUGUCUCAAGAGAAAGGCUAAGGCAUGAAUCCUACGGGGCGGGUGUUCAUUUAAAUUCCAGUUCAAUGAGGUUCAAAAUAUACGACUGCACUGUGUUACUCGUUCGAGAUGAAGAAAUUCUGUUGAGCUGUUCAGAUAAUGAAAUCUAUAUAAAGCUUUGAAAGAGAAGGUUAGAACUUGGUACUGUUGGAAGGUCUUAAACAAAACAUUAUUGUUCUGUCACUGUUUGUUUAAAAGCAGAAUUAUACAUUGAGCAGGUUUGUUGCUGCAACGUUUGCACAUUUGUCUGUUUAUGCAGCAAAAAUGAAUAUUUACAACAGUUUAAUCUCUUCCUCAAAAGUUAAUAUGCACAUUUAUAUAUUUGAAUAAAAUGUUAUGUUGUUUCAAUUCUUAAA